AACGCAAAGCAAACUGCCACCGCGCUGCGUUUUUGGUUAUAGUUUUGUACAAUUUCAUUAUUUACUUGUUAUCAUAACUAACCGUGUGGAGCAAAAAUGGGAGUUGAUAUUUUAAGUUUCGCGUAUGCCGCUACUGUAGCUGCCGGUGGUAUUAUGGGCUACGCUAAAGCAGGCUCAAUUCCAUCAUUGGGAGCGGGGCUUAUAUUUGGAGGAAUAUUGGGUGUAGGUGCAUAUCAGCUCAGCCAGGAUCCAUCAAACUACACCUUGAUGUUGGGCACGACAACUACUCUUGGUGGACUUAUGGGUUACAGGUAUUACAACGGAAGGAAGUUUAUGCCAGCCGGUCUAGUAUUCUGUCUAUCAGUUGGUAUGCUAGCAAGAUUAUUGGUUAAAAACGUCACAGCAAGUCCCAUGUCAGUGAAAUCAAAUUAACUUUGCUCAAGGUGUUUUAAAUCCAGUGUUUCUUAAUUAGGUUGUUACCAUAGUUCUCUCUCCAGCACUGUUUUAUUUAAUGUUAUGAGAUAUAUCAUCUGUUUCUUUUAAUCAACAGUUUAUUGCAUGUCAAACAUACCAUAGAUCCCAUGUUUUCUGUAAAAUGUGUAUGUAUAUUGUGAAUUGUGUUAUUAUUGAAUUUAGUCUAAAUAUUCAAAGCUAAUUAAACUAAAAAAGACAAAACAUGUCAAGCAAUAAAAAAAUCAUUUUAUUAUAAUUUUAAAGUAAAGUGAAUUCUUAAAAACAAAUGGAAGUAUGUAUGUAUAUUUUUAUAUUUAAAUGGUAAUUUUAUUACUGGGUUGAUAUUUAAUUUAUGUUAUUUAUUAGUUGUGUAAAUGUUUUCAAUGUUAUUAUUACAAUAUACGUAAAAAUGUAGGUGACGGGGACAAUUCUCUUGUAAGUGAAAAAUAAAAAUUCAAAUAUCAUA